AUGCGUAGUUUGUUUCAGCUGGUGAUCCAAAAUCAUAUACCCACGCUGCCUUUCCUCUGCACAUCCUUUCACGCAUCAAACCCCCACAGUUUCCGCCAGUCAACAGUACGAAGCCUUGCGAUUAUGGCCGACGAGUUCGUAAGAGGGAAUGUGCUCCCAAACGGCGUCGCUCUCUUAACUCUGGAUCGCCCCAAAGCCCUUAACGCUAUGAACCUAGAUAUGGACAUUAGAUACAAGAAGUUUCUGGAAGAAUGGGAAACAGACCCAAGGGUAAAGUGUGUCUUGGUUGAAAGUAGUUCGUCUCGUGCAUUCUCAGCAGGAAUGGAUAUUAAGGGUGUUGUUGCUGAAAUUCGAAAGGACAAAUCCUCAACUCUUGUGCAAAAGGUGUUUGCUGCUGAAUAUUCCCUGAUAUGCAAGAUUUCUGAGUACAAGAAGCCAUAUAUCUGUUUUAUGGACGGGAUAACCAUGGGAUUUGGGAUUGGUCUAUCUGGUCAUGGUCGCUACAGGCUUAUUACUGAGAAAACUGUGCUUGCUAUGCCAGAGAAUGGUAUUGGGUUGUUCCCAGAUGUUGGCUUUGCGUAUAUUGCAGCAAAAAGUCCAGGAGAAGGAGCAGUAGGAGCUUACCUUGGACUGACGGGAAGUAGGAUAUCAACACCAGCUGAUGCUUUAUAUGUUGGUCUGGGAACACAUUACGUGCCUUCUGAUAGCCUGGCUGCACUAAAGGGAGAUCUCCUAGCAACCACAUUUUCUGAGGACCCCGAUCAGGAAAUCAGAGCACUGUUGGAAAGAUAUAGCAGAAACCCUGAGGCUGAACCUCGUCUGAAGUUACUUUUACCACGGAUAGUUUCUACCUUUGCAAGUAGCAAGUCUAUAAAGGAGGUAAUGGAGGAGCUAGAAAAUCAUCAGCUAAGUGGUGAUACCCUGGUGGCGGAGUGGGCGAAGGAUGCACUGCAAGGGCUUAGGAAAGGAGCUCCCUUUUCUCUUAACCUUACAAGAAAGCAUUUUUCAAGGGUGAAGUAUGCCCAAGGCAAGAUCGAUAAUGAUUUAUCCAAGCUGACUGGUGUGAUGAAAGCUGAAUACCGAAUUGCAAUUAGGUCUGCUCUUAGAAGUGACUUCACCGAGGGCGUUCGGGCUGUCUUAGUAGACAAAGACCAGAACCCCAAGUGGAAUCCGUCGAGCUUGGAAGAAGUUAAUACGGCAGAAAUAGAUGCUCUUUUUGUGCCCUUGGGCCCAGAUGUUGCAGAAUUAAAUGUCUCACUCAAUGGGCAGUACGAAAGCUGCUCGACUUACGAGAGGGGCGAAAGCUUUUAG